CGGCGGCGGGCAUGUGGGACCGGCUGCGGGGCAGUCGGGCGGCGGGCGGCGGCCGGAGUGCGGCCGCGAUGGCGCAGCGGGACGAGAAAGCGACGGGGGAAGGCGAGGGCGAUGGAGAAGCCCGUGCCGGGGCUCAGCCGAGCGGGGCCGAACGGGGCCCGAGCGGGGCCGCUGCGUCCUUCCAGCCCCCCGAGGGCGGCUUCGGCUGGGUGGUGGUUUUCGCUGCCGCUUGGUGCAACGGCUCCAUCUUCGGCAUCCAUAACUCCUUCGGGAUCCUCUACAUGAUGCUGCAAAGCGACCUGGGAGAGAGCAAGAAGGACCCCGCGCUGGAGUUUAAAACAGCAUGGGUUGGCUCCUUGGCCAUGGGAAUGAUUUUCUUCUGCUCUCCUAUUGUCAGCAUCUUCACCGACCGGAUCGGUUGCAGGACCACUGCAGCCUCAGGAGCUGCCAUCGCCUUCAUUGGACUCCUCUCCAGCUCCUUCACCAAAUCUCUGGAAGUUCGUUAUUUCACCUAUGGGAUCCUCUUUGGCUGCGGCAGCUCCUUUGCCUUCCAACCCUCACUGGUCAUCCUCGGUCACUACUUCAAGCGUCGCCUGGGCUUGGCCAACGGCAUUGUGGCCGGGGGCAGCUGCCUCAUCUCUGUGCCGCUCCCCUUCUUCAUGAAGGUGGUCGGGGAGGCCAUUGGGCUGGCGCAUACUUUCCAAAUACUCAGUGCCUUAUUGCUCAUCCAGAUAUUCUUGUCCUUGACCUACCGGCCCAUCUUGCCACCCUCUUGUGACUCUCAGCACGAUGGGCAGGACAAGCUGGGCAGCCGGAGUGUGCGGCAGCAGUGCUGGGCUCAGACGCGCAAGUAUUUCAACCUGAGGGUGUUCCGGAGAAAGACCUAUCGGAUCUGGGCCUUCGGCAUUGCUACUGCUGUCCUGGGAUAUCUCGUACCUUACAUGAACCUGGUCAAAUAUGUGGAGAAGCGCUUUCAAGAAACCAAAAAGGACUGGAUCCUCCCAGUUUGCCUCGGAGCCAUGUCAGGGCUGGGGCGCUUGGUUUCAGGUCGCAUUGGUGACUGCAUUCCUGGGCUGAAGAAGAUUUACCUGCAGGUUGCGUCCUUCGUGCUGCUGGGCAUCCUGUGCAUGAUGAUCCCCCAGUGCCGAGGGUUCGAGGGCGUCAUUGUCAUCUGCCUCUUCCUUGGCCUUUGUGAUGGCUUCUUCACCACCAUCAUGGCUCCCAUUGCCUUUGAGCUGGUGGGACCCAUGCAGGCAUCCCAGGCCAUAGGGUACCUCAUGGGGCUGAUGGCUGUGCCCAUGACCGCAGGCACACCAAUAGCAGGAUACCUCAAUGACUAUUUUGGGAAUUACGAUGCUGCCUUUUAUUUCGCUGGCGUCCCCCCCAUCAUCGGCGGCUUGGUGCUUUCUGUCGUCCCACUCAUCCAUCAGAAGAUGCUGAAGAAGCAGCGCCUGGAUUCUGGCAAAGACAAGAUGCUGGUCUCGGAGGCGGUGGUGAACGGGGAGCUGCUGCCAGGCUGUCCUGCCUCUGAAGCCCCCAUGUAACAUGUCACCGACAGUCACUGUGGCCACCAGCAGCCUCUCCGUAGCCCAAGCACAGGCUCUUUUCUAGGCAGCCCCUUUGUCCAAAAAAACCCCCACAAAAAAGUUCUUCUAGUUAAAGGCUUUUAACUGGAAAGGCUCUUUUUUGGGGGGACAGUUUUGAUUUCAAAGCCACCUUUGUUGUUGUUUUUUUUUCCUCUAACCAUUUUUCUAAGGACAACCCUCACCAGGAUUCAAACUUGAUCCAUCUCCUGCUCCUCACCCCCACCCAGUUUUCUAUACAUCACAACAGAGGUUUACAGCUAAUAAAUGCCUUUUGAAAGCAGGCCACAGAUGGAGCUUGUUGAACAUUGCAGCUGUCCAUCCUUCUCCUCCGGUGUCACUGGGGUGUCACGUCCGAGACCACCCCCUCCCCGUCCGGCACCGGAGGCUCUUUUGGAGCCAGCAGCUCUGAAGGAGGAAACGCUGCUUUGGUCCGAUGCACAAACCAAAUAAAUGGUCGGCAAGUCCUGCUUUAAUCUUCUUCUCUCCUCCUUUUCCUCUGCUCUCCCACACCCCCAGGGAGCUGCAGCUGGGACCAUGGGGAGCUCAGCCGGCUCCGGUCCUGCCUCUCUCAUCGGACGGAGCCGCGCGGGAGCAUCCCCUUCCUGCAAAAUAAUAUGCCUUAAAAACGCAUGGACAAGACCAACAGGUCCUUCAGCCACUUCCCACCCCUGUUAUCUCAUCCUGCAACUAAUGAUUGACCUUUUGAGGUGCAAAAGAGAGGGGCAGCUUCCAGCACAGCCCACAGUGGGCAAGGCACUGAGAUGGGGACUUCAGAGGUGUUGAGGCAUGUAGGGUCAGGACAGAGUCCCUUGAGUCUGUGCCAUGCCAGGAAGCAACUUCCUGGUACCCAGGGAUGCAGAAUGUAGCCAACUUAGAACAUGGGGGCACCCA